AUGGAUUUAAUCAAUUUCCUCAAAAACGAGAUCCAAAAAACUAGGAAAGAAAUAGCUGAUGGAGAAGAAAGAGAAAUUCAAACGGAGAUAGAAAAAAAUAAUGAAAUAUAUGUUCAAAAAAUAUUAACUGAGGAAUCAGAAUUUAUUGCAAAAGGUUCAGGUUGGUCUCUUGUAUCAAUAGAUGGGUUACAGUUAAGAAUUAAUUUAGUAAACCCUCUAAAAGGAAGUUCAUAUAUUGAUUUACCGUUAUUUAUAAAAGAAAAAAAAGCGAUUGUUAAUGUUAAAAAUAAGGAUAAUUACUGUUUUAAAUAUUCUAUAUUAAGUAAAUAUGAUAAGCGUUUAAAUAAAUCUCGUUUUAACCAAGUAUAUUUUAAUUUUCUAGAAAAAAAGAGUGGAUUAAAUUUUAAAUGUAUUGAUUUUCCGACACCGAUAAAACAGAUAAAAAUAUUUGAACGUUUAAAUAAUGUUUCAGUAAAUGUUUAUAGUUUAAAUAAUAAAACCGCCGAACAGCGGAAAACACAUGAAUCAUGUACUACUUGUAAUUUAUGUAAAACCAAGUUUUCUCAAGAUGAUCAUAAAGUUGCUGAUCACUGUCAUUUAUCAGGAAAAUGUAGACAGUCAUUAUGUAAUACGUGUAAUCUUAAACUUCAAACAGCUAACUUCGUACCGAUAUUUUUCCAUAACUUAUCACAUUAUGCCGCACAUUUUAUUGUCACCCGUCUUGACUAUGAUACAAAUUCUAUUUCGGUAAUGCCAAAAAGUGAAGAAAAGUUUAUUUCGUUUUCAAAAUACAUUAUUGAAAAAUUUAGAGAUAAUGCCAAACAUUUUUCUACACAGGAUUUACCACUAGUCACCCGUAAAGACUAA